AUGUCAUGGAUAAAAUUGGUUCAAUGGACCAAAUCACUGUUUCUUGGAAAAAAAGAACUUUGGAAGAAAAUAAUCAAAUGCACCGUAGCUUAUGAAAUUGGAAUUAUCCUGGUACUCAUUCCAGAGGUCAGCCCUCAUCUCGGAGCUGUGCCUUACCUACUACCUUUAGGUACUCUGUUCUUUAACCCAAGUGGAACAACCGGUAAUCAAUGCAUCGAGAUGAUUCUCAACAUUGGAAUGAUGAUCAUUCCUGUUAUUUGGUCCGCCAUUGUAGCCUAUCUUUGCACACUUUACAACAGAGCUCUCCUAAAUGGUCAUAAAGGAUUAUACAGCAAUGGUGCAGGUGUAAUAGCUGGUAUAGGAUUUGGUAUCAGUAUGAUGGGGAUUGCAUACUAUCGUCUCAAGUACCCCCGAUUAUAUAUUCCGGCCCUUCAAGGAUUUACCAUCCCGAUGUUUGCAUUAACGAAAGGGAUUUACAACACCUCUUUUAAUAUAAUAUCUAUUGUCGAUAUAUUUUAUCCUAUAAUUAUGGGUGGCGCCCUAGCCCUGCUCACCAACAUAUUUCUCUGGCCUGCAACGGCAUCGAAAUCAUUUGAAACAUCUCUUGAAGACGUCCUUUGUUCGAUUAGUCAGAUUCUUGAUUUUGUACAUACUGAUAUGUUAAAGAAUGACGACGCAGGAAUAAUGGCAGGUGAUUUGGAGUUGGCUAGAAAGCUUUCAACAAUGAGUGCCAAACUUCAAGCAGAUAUGACAAAAAUGAAUAAAGCCUGGUCUGAAGCAAAGUAUGAGGUAGUCGUAUCUCACUUCUAUCCUCGAUGGUAUAAAGCAACAGUUCAUUCUGUUGAAGCCCUUUGCCAAAGCAUGCUAGGUUUCUCAUUAGCAAUUGAGAAAGAAGCCCGGAUUAUGUUGGAUAUAAGAAUCUCCCGUCAAUUAGAAGAGUCAUACAGAGGUAUAUCCAAUGAGAAAGUAACUGAACACGAUACUCUACGCCAGCGUCAACCUGGAGUCAAUAAUCUGGAUGUUUACUCUACCCAUACGGUGAACUUAAUAUCGGCAUCCAACCCAAUCAAGUACCUUCACAUUAUACAUCUUCAAAACUUAAUCCAACCAGAACUCAAGCAAUUUCUUCGGACAUGCAGAAAGAUUAUGGAAGACAUCAGAGUUAAGAUGGCAGAUCGCAAAGCCAUACCAAGAAAGCGUACACAAUCAAAGAACUCUCUAUCUACACAUACUUCACCAGAGUUUCUUCAAGGGGCUGAAAGUAGUUGUAGUCUUGACAAAGCCCUAGGAGAUAUCAAGGCAACUUAUACAUUGCUACAUCACGAGUUCAAAGAUCGCAGUAUGACACCAAUGGAAGAGCAUUACUUGGUAUACACCAUUGUAUUUACUUUAAUAGAAUUUGGUAAAGAAAUGGAAAAUUUGGAAAUGUUCGUAGAUGAGUUGUUGAGACGCAGGGAGCCGAGAAGCUGGGCUCGUUUAUUUUUCCCGAGAGUUCCAUUAAAAAAAUGGCUUUCCAAGGGAGGGAAUGAUAACAAGGGUGAGCAUGAUCCAAGUGAGCAAACUUUGUUUAGCAAAGAGGUUGAGCGCGUGGAAACAAGACCAGGGUUACGUUCACAGGCUUCUGGUGUCUCAAAACCUAGAGAAACUUCUAGUUCUAUCAAUCGAAGUCGAUCAUAUUCAUCAAUGGAGACCGACUAUGGAAAUUUCACAGAUGAAGAAUACCCACUUCAAAACGCACCUGGAAGACAUGCGUGGAAUCGAUGGCUACGUUCGGUUUUUGAUUUUCUUCAAUCUGGACCUACGCGAUACGCAAUAAAAUUUGGCCUGGUCACUGAAAUUCUGGCUUUCAUGGCAUGGUUGCCAAUACCAGGUGUUAACGGACUUUAUAACGAAAAUCACGGCCAAUGGGCACUUUUAUCGGCCAUGGUAGUAUUCAAUUAUACAGUAGGAUCAACAAUGCAACAGUGCUUUUAUAGAAUUGUUGCUACUAUUCUCGGCGCAGUAUGUGGGUAUAUUGCUCUGUUGGCUGGAAAUCGCAAUGAGAAUCCGUAUGUUGUUGCCGUCCUUGUGCUUGUAUUCCAAAUUCCACUUUGGUACUUUUUACUUGGAUCGACCUAUCCACGCAUUGGUUUUAUAUCCUUACUCACAAUGAGUGUUAUUGUGUCCACCGGUUAUUCCAAUAAUACGAAUGAGUCGCUAUUCGAUCCAGUGUGGAAGAGAACCGCAACUUCUAUUGUUGCCGUUUUAGUUGCCAUGAUUAUUGAUAAUCUGUUCUGGCCUGUUUGGGCGCGUGAGGUUAUGCGCAAGCAGCUAGCCUCCCUUCUUAACGAUACGGGAAUCCAAUACUCAAAAGUAGCCUCACUUGUGUGCCAAGAAAAUACGUCUUCGUAUCGCUAUCAAUCAACUUUGGCCGACACCACUAUACAAAGUAAACUUCUUUGGACACAACUUCAAUCAGCGCGGGAAAUGCUUCAGUUAUCUUGUACGGAACCCCGAAUAAGUAAGGCUCCGUUUCCAAUAGAGUCUUAUCAAAAGAUUAUCGAACAUGAACAGAAGAUACUCUAUUGGAUUAGCCACAUGAUCAGAGCUCAAAAACUUAUUGGACCUGAAGUACGAAAAGGGAUAAUGAAUCCUAUGAAUCCUCAUCGCAAAAUAUUGGCAUCUAUAGUUCACCUAUAUUUAUUCACUCUUUCUGGAUCUUUGGGCACAAAGUCAGCUUUGCCAGCUUCGCUUCCAUCCGCAGAAGAAGCAAGACGAAAAUUACAACAGCGUCAAGCAGAGCUAUGGAAGGAACAGUAUGAUACACUUUAUUCUAUGCAUACUCCAGAAGCCCACAAUGAAUGUGAUAUGAUGGUUUACUGGCAUACAUACGCAGCUGGAUCUGUAGAGGUUGUAAUGGAGCAAGAAGCUAUCGGUUCUGUGGUAGCAAAGUUGAUGGGCCAGCACAUAUUCCGGGCAGCUACCAAGGAUUGGAUAGAAACCUAA